AUUUUGUUGAUUGAUUUCUGUAAUUGAUAUUACAUUAUUAAUUAUUUUUUUGUGUAAUAUACGACUAUGAAAACAUUUUACUAUUUGUUAAAAUAGUCGUACUUAAAAUAAUUUAAUAGACUGGCCUUUAACCUUUUUAAAAAUAUUGAACUACCAUCAACAAUUCCUGCUAAAAUUGCCUUAAAUUGUGAUUAAAAAUGUUUUAUCGUUUUAGUACCAAAUUAGAACCUUUUCGCUUAGUUACUUCUAAUGUAACAUUUAAUAAUUUAAAUGAUUUCUGUUCCAUAUAUUCGACACAUAAAGGUAAUUUUAGUACUACUUCCAAUAAUUUUAUUGGAUUUAAGGAUAUGGAACCCAAGAAAUGGUUGCGAUAUAAUGAAAAAAUUUUUUCUCCUCAAGAGCCAAAUGAAGAAAGAAGACCAGCAUAUGUAUGUCAUCAAAAAACAAAUAUUAAAUAUAGUCCUAAAAAAAUGUGGUAUGUUGCUUGUUUUGUAAGAGGUAUGUCUGUUGAUGAAGCUCUUAAACAACUACCUUUAGUUGGUAGAAAGGGAGCCACAAUUGUUAGAGAUACAAUUUUAGAAGCUCAAAAAUUAGCUGUUGAAAAACAUCAUGUUGAAUUUAAAACCAACCUUUGGAUCGCUGAAUCAUUUUGUACAAAAGGCCCUGUCAUUAAAGGUCUUCGUAGACAUGCAAGAGUACAACUUGGUGAAGUCAUGUAUCGGUAUUGCCAUUAUUUUAUAAGACUAGAAGAAGGUGAACCUCCAGAAAACUACUAUUAUAGUUGGCCCAAGACUGGACCAGAAUUAUUAGCUCAAUAUAUUGAUGAAAUUAGAGAUCGUAGAAUAGAAAGUUCAUUGUAAGAAUUACUUAUAAAAAAAUAAAUAGAAAUAAGAAAUGUA